AUGGUUCUUGGAGGAUCCACUUUCACUACGGCUUACGUCUCCGUUACUUCCAGAGGAGAUGGAAAACUCAUAGAGUUGUUUGCGGUAGUGGUGCAAGGUGUGACGGGCAUAGGCGAUAAGUUGUCUUGGCAAGGUAUUCCUAAUGGCGAGUUUUCGCUGGUUAGCCAUCAAGUAAUAAUGACGAAUGUAGAACGUUUUAGACGUCAUAUUAGAGAAAGUGAGAUUUGCCAAGUGUGUAAAGCUGCUAGUGAAACAAUAAUUCAUUUGCUGAGAGACUGCCCCGAUGGAUGGUAUUUGGAGGAGCGAGUAAGGUUGGCCUACAUUGUUCAGUAUGGCGGUUUGGUGGAGUUGGAAGUGGGCGUCUCGUGGAAACUCGGGACUGGCCACUGCUUGGGGGUGAUCCGAUGGGGAGGUAUUAUGGCUGGGAGGGUUCACGCUGAACAUAGGUAUAUGCUCAACAGCGACGGAAGAACUAUGGGGGCUUUAUCACAAGAAAUUGGUAAGUCUGGGUUAUUCACGUAUAUCGAGAAGCUAACCCGUCAGUCAGAAGGUUUUAUAGUUAACCUUCUGACUGACGGGUUAGCAAACUAUGCCUUUUUUUAUAGUUAG